GCCGCGCCGGGGGACCGCGGCGCCGCGGGCACUAAAGUUACCGGUACUUUGUUCCGUGUGAUGUCUAUUACCGAUGUCGUUAUGUCGGGGAAGAAGUUUAUGGGAAAUGAUGGCGAUUGGGUAUGCAACAACGGAAAGUGUAGCAAUGUGAACUUUGCAAGGAGAACUCACUGCAACAGAUGUGGGGCAGAGAAGAGUCGAAUGAAGAUAAAAGAUGGAGGCCUGAUCAUUGGAAAACAGAUGGCCGAGAAGAGUCAUGGUUUAUUCAGUGCUGAUGAUUGGCAGUGUAAGAUGUGUGGUAAUGUCAACUGGGCCAGGAGGAAUGAAUGCAAUGUUUGUCACUCACCUAAAUUUGGAAAAAUUGAAGAGAGAACAGGGUAUGGAGGUGGAUUCAAUGAGAGAGGUACAGUGGAAUACAGAGAUGACAGGGGGUCUGAUUCAGAUGAAGAAUAUGAUGAGUUUGGUAGAAGAAAGAGGAAAUAUCGCAAAUCUGAUGACCUACCAAAAAGUAUACUCAAAGAGGUAGAAGAAGAGAAGGAGGACGACGAUGAUGAGGAGGAGGACGACGACGAAGGCAACCUUGAUGCAUAUAAAUUGGAUUCAGAUGAUGAUGAUGAUGGUGGCGAUCUCUCAGCGUAUGCGUUAGUGGACAGUGAUACGGAACAGAAGCCAUCCAGGCCAGCAGCGUCGUCGUCAUCCGAUGCGAAGUCCGUUUCCUCUCAGCACUCAUCCUACCGGUCAAGGAGUUCCGGUUCUAGCCGGUCCCGGUCAAGAUCUCGAUCCAAGGAUCGCAGAUCCGGUACAUACUCUAGAUCCAGAUCCAGGUCCAGAAGCCGAGAUCGCAGACGGUCUAGAGAUCAGAAGUCACGUUCCCGCUCCAGGAGUCGAGAUCGCAGAAGAUCAAGAGAUCGGAGGUCACGUUCGCGUUCAAGGAGUCGAGACCGGAGACGAUCUGGGUCAAAGUCAUCUGGUUCAUCAUCAAAACAUCGGAGGUACUCAAGGUCAUAUUCAAGGUCAAGAUCAAGGUCACCAUUGAGGAAGGAUUACAAGGACAGAGGUUCACGCUACUACUGAGACCACUACUAGGUUAAAGAUUAUAUUCACCCAGAGCUGUCAAAGAUAUUUCAUUAAAACAUCAAGUUUGGUUUGUGAAGGUAACGUGUGUAAUAAAAAUUAUGUAGGUAAGUCAUUAUAAGGGUAUCACAGAUAGGAAGGUAUGUGGUCUAUCGUUUGCAUAUUGGUAAUUAUAGUAGAUUUCAGAUUUGUGUACAUUCAUGCUUUCGUCUUUCUUUUUUCUUUCUGUUCUUGCCAGCUAUUCUGCUAUCUUUCAUCUUUUCUCUCUUACCUUCUUUCACUCUUCCUUUCUCUAUCUCUCUGUUUCCCUCCAUUCUUCUUUCUCUGACAUACCGUCUUUACUCUCUUUUUUCCCCUUUCUUUACCUUCUUUCUCUUUUUCCCUCCCUUCCUCUGUCCCUCCCUUCCUCACACUGUCUAUCCUUUUCUCUCUCCUCUUUUUUCUUCCAUUCCUCCUUGUCUCUGUUUCCCUCCAUUCUCUCUCCGACCUGGGUCCCGUAACACAAAGGUUAGCGAUUAAUUGUACAUUUAAUUUUUGCGAUUAAUGGGUCAUUGUAGUCAAUGCAAUCAAUCAUUAGUAAGUGUUCUAUGAUUGCUAAGUUUUUGUGUUAUGGGCCCCUGUUCUACCUAUGCUUCUUCCUCACACUGUUUGUCACACUAUCUUUCUCUCUUUCCAUCCCUUCCUAUCUGUCUCUCUUUUUCUUUCAUGUCCUCUCUCUCUCUCUAUCCUCCCUUUCCUUCUCCUAUCUCUAUCAGUAUCUUCUCCUUUUUUCAAUCUUAAAUCUGUUAUUUUCGCCCUCUUUUCCAAAGUGAUUUGUCCAUUUCUUUUCUGUUUCUUUCUCCAUUUAUUUCCUCUCAAAGUAAGUUUGGCAAUGCAUUUGUUGUUAAGUGGCAUCAAUGUUUUCAUUGAGGCAUUACUUGUUGAAAAGUUGAAAUAAUAUGCUGCUUCCUCCCAAAUUUUUCAAUAUUCUGUAUAAUAAUGUUUUAAAUGAAAAUGUCAAAUCUAGUACAAAAUCUGAUGUUGUCGCUUUCAACCUUCAUUCAUAUUUUACUGGUAUAUAUGCGUUACAUUAGAGUUUGCAAAAACAGCACUUUUAUUUUAAGCACAGCUGUCAUAAAUUUGAAAGUUCAUGUAGCUGAAAAUAAGUUGGACAAUCUCCUUGACAUUCGACACCCAAAUUACCUUCAUUAACUUUGCACUUAAUUGUAAUUUGGUGAUUGUACAUGUUUUGCUUAUUCAUAAUUAAAUAGUCUACUAGUAUAGACUGGGCUGAUCUCUAAAUUAUGGAAACGGUUCUAUAUUCAAUUCUUAAUGGCUUAACAUGAAUUUUGUUGAAUUUUUUCUUUAAGGAUUUUCAUAGUUGAUGUAUCAUUUGGAAAGUUCUUUAAAAAACAUGCACUCAAAUUGUGUACCCAUUUAGUAAUCUAUGGGACAAAAAUGCAAUAAUUUAAGAUAUUUUUUUAAAUAAGCGCUAUCUACAUGUAUGCUAAUGCACUUCAUUUCUUUGUUGCCUAAUGAAUAAUAGAAUAAAUUUAUAUCUGAACAGUGACUACCAAUUUACAACAUAUUCCUACCAGAUAUAUUUACAUUUAAGUAAUAUCAGUUUUACUGUGUAGCUUUAUAUUCUAGUGAAUAUUAAGAAUUUGAGUAAGAAUUAAAAUUUAACAGAGCAGUCUGUACUUUAUAUUAGAUUGACAUUUACAACUGCCAAAGCAAUAAAGGCAAUUAGUUUUUUUUCUUCCAAUGUUUCAAAUAGAACAUCACCGAUAUAAAUAUAAUUCAUCUCUAGUCAAACAAUGAAUUGUUCCUUUGAACUAUUAGGGUUUUAAAGCUUGCAGUGUUAUCUGAAUUUUGAAAUGCUGCCUUUUCUGCACAGAGAACUUAAAUCAAGAUGUAAAUAUUUUUUCAGUACGAACGAAAAUGUAAAAAUUAAGUGUACCAUGAAAUUGUGCCUCGCUUUUCUACUACACUUUUCUAUAAUUUAAGUAUUCCAUACAACAAAGAUAGAACUAUUUUGUUGAACCUCUUAUCAUUGUAUAUGAGAACACAUGAAGAAACUUUUGAUUGUUGAAUUUUGGGACCCCAUAUUCAUAAAAUCUGAAGUUCUGCUAUAGCAGCAUUUAUACAUGGUACAACUGCAAAUAUAGUACUGUAAUAAUGUAGUCAACUAAACAUAUGAAUUACAUUGAAUUGGUAGUAUUUGUGCUUGCUUUGGCUAUCAAUUCUAAUACAUUUGGCUAACUUUUUUGUUCAGCCUGAAGUACAUACAUGUACUUAUUUUAUAUUUAUUACUAGUAUGGGUCCAUUAUUGCAGUUUUGGACAGUUGCAAAAAUUAAGAUGAGAUUAGAGAUACCACAAUUUGAACAAUAGCUCUGGUCCAAUAAAAAAAAAAUUGGUAAACCGAUUUAAGUCACUUUUGGUCAUUAAAUCAAAGAAUAAAUGCAAAAUCAGCCAAACAAGAAGCAUCCAUGUUUAAUUAAUGUGAUUGAAAUUUUGAAAAAAUUACUUUUGAGUAUCUUAUUGAUUUCAUUUAAAACAUGAUCAGUUUGUAGGUUCUUUAGAACUUUUUAAGUAGAUUCAUGGAUGUCACUUGUAGGAUAUUAAAAGGAUAAUGUGAAUAUUAGAAGCUACUGCCUUGUUGAAUUUACAUUUAUGAAGAUUUGUAUUUAUUUAUACCAAUUUUGUGAAAUCUAUUUAUCCAUAUCAUUUAUGUGUUUGUUUUUAUGAAAGUGGAAUAAUUCCCUUGUGCAUUGUCAAUUUUCAAUUUUGUAGCAAUUAUUACAUGGAUAAUUUUAUUUUGAAUGAAUAGAAAUAGUUUUCAUGGAAGAUCCUACAUGCGUUUACACAGAGAAUGCAUGUGCUCACCUAUAACAAAAAUCAUUACCAGUAGGACUUGCUCUCAAGCUCUUUGCCAAAUGAUUUUUCCAAUCUAGAAAUGUUUUAAUAUGACAUUGCACUCAUCACUAUUUUUUUUUUUAAACAAAAUAUUUCAAAUACAAGCCAGCUAAAUGAUUAUAUUAAAUGGUCACAGGUUCAAUACAAGUUAACAGCUAAAUUUUCAUUUGUUACCUACUUUUGCUGUAGAUUGUUUAAAAGUAAUAAAGGCUAAGUUGCUGCUCAAUUUUA